AUGAAGGCGAUCCGGAAGAGCCUCAACAAGGACAGCGCGCACGCGGCGCAGAUCUCACCGCCGCUCCCGCCGAUCUCCAAGCCCAGCGCGGCGCUUGUCCCGCCCCAGAAGGUCAUUAGGGCAAGCGGCGCCUACCGCUCUACCGCGCCCCAGGAAUUGUCUUUCCAGAAGGGCGAUUUCUUCUAUGUCGUGCGGGAGAUCAACAACGGCGCGGGGGAGUGGUACGAGGCGCACAACCCCGUCAGCGGCGCACGCGGCGUCGUGCCCCGCAGCCUGUUCGAGGAAUUCAACAAGGGCGCUGCACCAAAUGGCCCCGGCGGCCACCGCGCAUCACAAUCUGUAGCUUCUUCGAUCUCAGUGACAUCGCCGCUACCAUCCACGCGACCACCUUCGAGCGCAGGACGCUCACAGGCAUUCUUCGCCAUAGUAAUGCACGACUUCAACGCAGAGCGGACAGACGAACUAGACGCCAAAGCUGGUGAUGCCAUCACUGUAGUCGCCCAAUCGAACCGAGAAUGGUUCGUAGCCAAACCCAUCGGGCGGCUCGGCAAGCCAGGCCUUAUUCCCGUAUCUUUCGUCCAAGUACGGGAUCCAGCAACGAAUCAACCUAUCGCCCCGGAUGACGUCGACAAGCUUAUGAACUCCGGCUCUCUUCCCCGCGUCGAAGAGUGGAAGAAGAUGGUCAUGAACUACAAAGCCAGUUCUAUUCCCCUUGGUUCUCUGGAGGACCCCAUCGGCAGCCCAUCAGGCGGCGUAGCCAACAGCCCCUUCGCGAACCUACCUCCUAUCGCCCACGCGCCUCCGCCGUCUGAGCUUGGCUCGGGCUCAAACUCAGGUUCGGGCGGCUCGAUUCCUGAAGAAGACACGCCGCAGACGCUCGAGCCAGCUCCCGCACGCACAUCCUCACACGCCGACUCGGACCGCAACCCCGACAUACUUCCUCCAGGACUGCUUCUCAGCGCAGAAGUCCGAUCCUUCCACUUCGAAAACGAAGACUACUGGUUCCGCGUCAGCGCGCUCUUCCAGCCGUACGACCCCGUCAACCCGACGAGCACACACAACCUGCCGCCCGCGAGGGAGUUGACGCUGUUCAGGGUGUACAACGACUUCUUCGACUUCCAGACGCGGUUGAUAGGCCUGUUUCCGAGAGAGGCGGGACGGGAGAAGGGCUUUCCGCGGGUUAUACCGUACAUGCCCGGCGCGUCUGAGUUUGUCGACGACGCGCUUACGGCGCAGAGGCAGCAGGAGCUCGACGGGUAUCUCCGCCGUCUUGCGCGGCUGGCGGGAACGACGGCGCGUGUGGUUCUGGAGAGCGACCUCGCACGCGAGUUCUUUACUGCGCGCCCAGGAGAUCUGGAUCGGGGUGCGGGACCGCAGUUUGAGAGGAUGAGCGCCGCGGGUUGGUUCGACCCCGACGAACAGGCGGAUAUCCAGUACGCCACCGCCGAUGGGCGCCCACCGUCUCAGGCGCCGGUCGAUGAGGAGGAGUACGCGGCGUAUGGAGAGGAAGAGGAUGUUGUGCCGCAGGAACGGUUGGGCUCUAUGAGAUUGAGCGAUGGGAGCGAUUAUGGCGACACCGCCAGUCGAUAUCAGCCUUCGCCUGUCAAUGGACACGCGAAUGGGCGGCUACAUGCGCAUAGCGCUAGUACAGCCAGUGCGAGCCGUACGCCUUCACCUCGCGGACAUGCACCAUCUCAAUCUCAACCCGCCGUCUACGGCCACCGUCCUUCGCCCAGUCAAAGUCAGCCUCCAAGCCGGCAUCGACCGCAGCAGAGUCAGUCGUACAACAACGUCAACGGGAACGGCAACUCGAACGGCUACCCCGGCGGACGCGAUAGCGCGUACUCUUCUGCCUCUAGCGGGAGCAGGUGGCCUGACAGUCAGAGCACACACGCGACGAGUCCGAGCUCGAGCGCGUACUCGCCCUCCGCAUACGUCCCCAGCCACUCAAUGCCGGGCCACUCGUACAGCAAAAGCCAAAGCGCAUCGCGUCCGCCCGCACCACCGCAUUCUCAGUCCUACUCUGUGUCCAGUCCCUCUUACGCUAACGGCUACCCCCACUCGCCCUCGAACGGCACCCCCUUAGAUCGCCAGCUCUCAUCGAGCACGAGUCUGUCGGCCGAUACGCGGUACUCGCAGUCUGUACGCAGUACAACGUCUUCAGGCUCGCGGAGGACAGAGGGCGCGAGGAGGGACGAGGCGCCGCCCAUCAGCGCUAGUAAUGCCAAUCCGGCCUUCAUCAAGAUCAAGAUCUUCGAUAGGGCGCAGGACGAUCUUAUCGCGCUUAGGGUGCAUCCGAGGGUUGGGUUGCAGGAGUUGGUCAGUAAGGCAGGACAGAGGCUGGGCGGGGAAGUACGGGGAUUGAGCUAUAAGGACGUGGGCAGCGGAGGGUUCGUUGCGCUCAAUGCGGACGGCGAGCUACGCGCCUGGAUCGAGAAGGGCGAGCGGUUCGUGCUUUACGCCGAUUAG